CCAUUGCGAGUAUCGGAGUGACGUAAUCACGGCUCACGGAAGAGCCGAUUUCUUACAGGUUUCGUAUUCUGCAGCGACACCGGAAAUGUCGCUAGGAUCGCGAGGAGGAAGUCGCUCUUUAGAAAUCAAAAUAAUUCCUCGUAGAUCUGUUAAAAUGCCUAAAAUGCUUAGAGUAACAUUUCUCCGUGAGAAAAUUAUAAUCGGAUCUCUAUCGAGUAUUCAUCCUCGCGAUUAAAACUGCCCAAGCGAAGCGUCGAAUUAAAUUUUUUGUAUUUUUGUUUCAAUUUCCAAAAACAAAUUCCUAUCACACAGUAAGAGGAUUUUUUUUUAAUAACGAUCAUUCGUUUAUUCCUUGUGCACACUAUCGUUGUAUGUUUCGAAAUAAUUUCUACAUAUAAUUUUACGUGUGUCCAGCCUCUUACCGUGUGACUAAAACGCUUCGCAUGAGCCUAUUUAAAAAUCUUUAAAUGAUAAGCCAAAAUUGUGAUAGUGCACAAUUUAAAAAAAAAUCAGGAAUCAUAACUGGACAUAUCCAAGUAUAUACUGUAUGUAAAAAAAAUUCCAAAACAUGUUAAUGCGAAUGAUUUGCGUAUAUUAUAUUUUUAGAAUAUUUUCAGCAAAGCACGGUUCGUCGACUGAUAUCUUUUUGACACAUUGACUUGAUAGUAUUUUAAAAAAAAAAAAAAUAUUCACCACGAUAAGUUCAGUAUUGGUCUCCUUUGUUACACGUGCACAUAUAAAUAACCAAUGAAGAGAGAACUUAAUAAAACUUGUGUUUUCAGCUUUAAUAAAUUAUUCUUUCAGGUUCCAUAGGUAUGUUAUUAUUUACGUUCCACUUGUAACGUUUCACGCAAUAAUAUAUAUGCAUACAUGUAUAUAUAUAAAUAAAUAUAUAUAUCCAUAGAUAUAUAGAAAGAAUAAUAAGGCCCCUUGGGCCCAAGAGUACGCUUGAAAAACUUAACGGCCGAGGAAACGAAAAUAUCGGGGAGACUGAUAUACAUGAAUAUAUCAUUAUAAAUACACAAAAAUACGUAAUAUAACAGCUGCAAUGCGCGAUCAUGCAGACCUGAGAUAUAUAACGAACGCAUAUAAAAAAAAAGAGCUUAUCGGCAUUCCGUUAGAGUCCGACCUCGCUCGAAUUCCUAUAUACAAAUUUUUAAAAAUCGAUUUAAGAAAAAGACAUGCCUCUGUCCCACGAUGUUACGGAUAUUGAAACGCAUCCGAAUGAUCGAGUAACGAGAGUCCGAGUCUAUCGUCGCUUGCCGUUAAGUCUUUAUGGGAGAGGUAGAGGUUAGCAUUGUCUUAAAAAAAAAAGACAAUCAAUUAAACCUCCAAAGUAUGUGUGACGGUGUCCAUUAUUGUACUUAUAUGUGUUCUGAACUCUCCACUUCAGUCAGGAGGCAGGCAGGACAGGUUCCGUAUGUGGAGUGGCUUGGUUCUGAAGCUCUGGUUGGUGGCAUGGAUGAUGUCAUCUACCAUCCCCAACUACAACGCGUGGCACAGUUGGCACACCCUUCGCGCGCCGCAUUCUUUACUCCAAAGCAGAGUCAUGAGAAUGAACGAAACUCGGCUCAGGAAUCCGACAAGUGAAAUGGCAAAUUUGAACACCCAAAUGUGCCCAGCGUCCCUUCCUUUGUCUCGUACGAGAGUAAAAACAAAAAAAGAAAACGGCCUUUCACAAGAUAUUCUUCUUCUUCCUCCUCUUCUUUACACGACAAAAAGGAGAUCGAAAAGUAUAACGAGAGU